AUGUCGAAAGAAGGUGAAUUUCAAGAUGAAGUUGAAGUUCCAGGUGUGACAGCCACCGAGGCUGAGAUCAAUGCUCGUGCUGCUCAAAUGGCUGCUCACAAAGAUGGAUAUAGAGCUGCUUUCAAACGGUAUCCCAAGAUCUUUUUUUGGAUCGGUGUCAUGUUAUGGAUGUUGAUUCUCAUGGGUUUUGAUAAUUCGGCCGGUGGUCAGGUAUUAAGUAUUCCAAAAUUCAGAGAAAACUUCGGUGGUGGUCUUUUUGUCGACGGCAACUUUUUGUUAUCUGCUUCGUGGCAAUCAGCCAUUCAAGCUGGUCCUACUGCUAUGAAUGUCGUUGGACUUUAUGUUGGCUCGUAUACUGCCGACCACUUAGGAAAGAGGAUCGUUUUGUUUGCUGCUAUCUGUAUUUCAUUUGCUGCCAUUGGUGUUGAAUAUUCUUGUAAAACCAUUGAGACUUUCUUUGCUGGUAAGAUGGUAAAUGGUUUUGCUCUUGGUAUCAUGUCUGCUCUCUGUGUCUCAUAUGUCGCCGAGAUUUCUCCACUCUCAAUCCGUGGUAUUGCUACUGGUUGUUGUAACUUGUCUCAAACUAUCGGUCCCUUCAUUGGUAGUAUUCUUGGCAACUAUGUUGGUACCAAGAACAACGAUUGGAGUUACAAGAGUUUGUUUGUUGCUCAAUGGUUGUUUGGAGGUAUUGCCAUUCUUGUUCAACCAUGGAUGCCUGAAUCCCCUGCCUUUUAUCUUAAGAAAGGUAAAGAAGAUAAAGCAAGAAAGCAACUUCGACGACUUUGUUCUAAUGAAGAAGACGCCGAAGACCAGCUUAACGUUUUGAAGAUCACCCUUUAUGAAGCCGAGCAAUUAUACAACGGUGGCAGUUAUAUCCAGUGUUUCAAGGGAACCAAUCUCCGUCGUACUUUACUUGCUGGUUUGGUCUUUUUCACUCACCCUAUGUCUGGAGUUUCAUUCAACUCAUCGUAUGGACCAUUUAUUUACCAACUCAUUGGAAUUAGUGCUCAAGAAAGUUUCAGAAUCGGUAUCGGUGCUCAGGUUCUCUCCAUGGGUGGUACUAUCGCAUCCUUCUUCAUCAUCGACAGAUUUGGUAGACGUCCUCUGAUUCUUUGCGGUCUUACUGCUCUGAUGAUCAAUCUUCUUUGUACUGGUAUCACCGGUACUCAGUCUCAACAUUCAGCUGCUGCUCGUACCGCCUGUGUAGCAUUCCUAACCAUGUUCAACUUCUGGUACAAUGGAGGUAUCGGCGCCAUUGCUUAUGCUAUUGCCUCAGAAAUCCCCACGUCAGUGUUGCGAACCAAGACUGUAGCCAUUGCAUUGUCGGUGAAUCAGGGUUUUGGAACCAUGUGGACAUUUGUUCUUCCCUUCAUUAUCAACCCCAACGAGGGCAACCUUGGUCCCAAGGUCGGUUUCAUCUUCUUUGCCCUGUCGAUGAUUAAUCUCGUUCUGCUGUACCUGUUCCUUCCCGAGAUUGCUCACAGAACCUUCGAAGAGCUGGACGAGCUCUUUGCCAACCACGUUCCUGCCAGAGAGUUCAAGAAGUACAUCACCGCUGCCGAAGUCAAGGCCGAGCAGGCAUUCAACCAAAAGGGAAUUGCCGACGGAACGAUUAACGAAAAACAACAAGACAUUGAAAUGGUCGAGCAUGCUUAA